AUGUAUGUCCUGAUUGAAGAAGACAUUAUCAGUGUAUAUACCAAAGAGAUUAUAAGCGCCAGAGGCGGGCCUGAGGGCAGGCGGAACCCUAGUGCCGGCUCUGCUGGGGCGAGAGGGAGGGUGGAGAGGGCAGCACGCCUAGACCGGAAGCGUGUGCGGCUUGCGUUUUCUUCCCUGGGACGGCACCCGAGCCGCCAUUGUCGCGGCGUCGUGAGGUUUUGUGCCAAGAUCAUCAGCAAGGGCUGCCUACAGCUCUUCAUCCACAGCAGCGGCGCCACAGCGAGGCUGGCGGAGGUCUGCGUGCUCCGCCUGUGCCCGGACAAGCUGCGCUUCGGCCCGCGGGCUCCGGGCCGUCGGCGAGGCCGGGCUGGGGGGCGAGGCGAGGCAGGGAGCCUUCUUCGCCAGCUUCCGCGCGUUUCGGAAGAGCUCCGCGAGAUGUGUCUGGAGCUGACUUUGGAGCACUCGUCCAGGGCAGUGAGAAGUCUGGCGUCGUGCGCAGCCGCACUCGUGGCAGUCCACGGUCUGCCCGUGAGGGCGCUUCCGGAAGACUGGAAAGAUUGCCCAGAGCCCAGUGUCCGAGCCUCGGAUGUGCCAGCUUUGAAGACCCCGAAGAGCGUCGUGGAAAGGGUGGCAAACCUGGGUGAUCCCGUGCUGGUCGAAGCAAAUCCAAAUGGCCAAAGGAACUUGAGUAUAGGAACUGAUGUAGUGCGUAUUAAAAGUUAUUUUAAAAAUCUUGGAAAUGCUCCAAAGUCUGCUCUGGGUAUGCCUUAAAACGGAGACUGGGAGAACAUGGUGCAAGUGUGGGUAGAUAAUAGGAAGCUUCUGCAGAUUUUCCAGGGACAGCGAAUAAAUCCUACAACAGCCAUAUGUAAUAUUUUCAGCAAUCUUCGUCUUGUUUUGGUUCAUGAAGCUGUCUCUCUCCAGUAUUUCAUUCCUGCCUCAUAA